CCAUGGAGGCGGGCGAGCGCGGAGCCGCCAUCCCGGGAUGUCCCGCGGGGCCSUGGGCCGUGGGCGAGGAGACGGCGAUCCUGCACGGCGGAUUCCUGCUGGCCGCCCGCCUGCUGCAGCCGCGGCCGCUGCGGGAGCUGCGCAAAGCCGACUGGCCCCGCGCCGGGGUGCCCAUCACCGACGCGCUGCGGGAGAUCGGCGAGCGCUGCCCCUCGCCGCGGGRCCACGGGCUCUGGAAGAAGGAGGCCGUGGCCAUCGUGUGGGCGAAAAUCCUGCUGCCGGCCCCCCCCGCCGCCUCGCUGGAGUGGGGAUGGAAGGAUGACGGGUUCUUCUCGGUGGGCGCGAUGAUCCCCGAUGUGAACCACACCGCKCUCUUCGAGCUGGUGAAGGCGCUGCGGGCGCCGCGGCUCUUCGUGCAGCUGCUGCUGGCGCUGCCUCCCGAUGUGUGCCGGGGGCAGCUGGAGAGCUUGGUGGAGUACAUCUCCAGCGAGACAUCCCCGUCGGACAUCAGGUUCUUCCUGGACGUGUGGUGGGAGGUGAUGAARCACAAGGAGGGACAGGAGGACGCGAUGGUGUCCGCGUUCGGCGCGCUCAUCCAUCAGCACGGCGGUGAGUCCUGCCUGGAGGAUGGUCUGCAGCCCCCCAAGAGGUUCAAGGGUGACCCCGGGAACCCCCCGGCUGCCAGCGGGCUGUCCAUGGUGCUGCUGGAGGGGUUGGAGCACACCCGCGGCAGCAUCGCCCAGCCCCGSCUCCGCUGCUACGCCCUGGCCAACCUGGCCGAGCUGCUGCGCCUGAGCGCUGGGCUGGGGAGCGGGGACAGCCCCCUGCCCAUCACAGAGUACCUGGGCAAGCUCGGUGCCGUGGUCAGCCUGUGGUGCAGUGACACUGACAGCCMGUACCACCCCUGUGAGCUGGGAGAGAAGGUCAGGGAGGCAGAGAGGAGCCUGAGCCUCCUGCCCGUGACCAAACUGUCUCGUGAGGAGCUCUCUGUUGGCUUGRACUUGCUGCUCAGCUUGCUGCAGGCCUGGGGAGAGGAGCUGCAGGACACUCUGAAGGGCUCUGAGGAGCUCUGCUAYGAGAGCUAUCGGCUCCUGGACACUCUGACCGCCCUUGGGAAGAGCCUGGAUUGCCUCUCACAGACCGGGGACCUGGGGGAGGGUGAGACACAGGCAGUGUCAGAGCUGGCACAGCUCACCAAGGACUUUCUSAGGGACACCAGCGCUGUCCUGGAGGGUUUGGACACCAGCUUGGUGUCUUCAGUUGCCAUGGCAAUCAUUGCACAGAGGCUGGAGCGCCAUGUGGACACGUGCUCUGUGUUUGCAUCUGAAAGGACCUGGGCCUUUUCAAAGGCCUGGGUCGAGUGCCUUGUUGAAAACAAAGCUCUGUUCCAGAAACCUGAGCUGGUUUUGGAGCUGCUGGAGACGCUGGUGAGCUUUGCCAYGUCCUGCCAAGACAAGGAGGCCCGAGAGCUGCAGAUGGAAGUGAGCAAAGCCAUCGUGGAGUGCUACRCUGAGCUUUCACUGCCUGACAAAAACAAAGUGAUCUCAGGUGUCCUGGCAUCCUGGGGUGGCCAGGGCCUGUCCCAGAACUUGCAGGUUGUCAGGGAGGGCUUCCAGGAGGACCUGAAUGUGACUCUCAACCAGAUCACYAAGAGUGUGUCUGAUGAAGGGCUGAGCAGGGCUGUGGCUGCUGUGGCCAGGCUCACGCUGCUCUACCCCGAGGCCACGGUGAAGCAGGUUUGUCACCUUGCUGUGGUCAACCUCGGAGCACACCAGUUCCUCRGCCAAAUCCUCUGCUCCUUCCCAGCACUGAGCUCCCUGGAGAGCCACGAGGAUCCAGGCAGGCCAYGCAGCCUGGUGGUGAGGUGUCUGGAGGAGGCGGUGUGGGGGAAGCUUUCCACUGCGAGGGAAGAGGAGCAGUUCCUUCAGUUCCUGACCUUUCUGAUGCAGCCACCCUCAGCCACCCCUCUUUUAACACCUGCAGAAGUGACCAAAGCCUUUGUCCUUCCCUGUUUGAGGUCAGACUCUCCUCAGAUUGAGCUGAGCCUGCAGAUCCUCAGCAAGGUUUUGGSAAUACCGUGCUGUUCAGAGGAGCACUGGAUCAAAUCCUGCCACCCUUUCCCACUCAUCCUCAGCCUCUGCAAACUUCUGGAUGGUUACACCAAGUUCUGGCAUCAACCUAAGGAGCAGCUUUACCCUUCCCUGGAGACCAAAGACCUGAUUCUGAACAUUCUCUGCCAGCUGUGCGAGGUGCUGGGGCCAGAGAGCGUCCCCUCUCCGGAGCUGUGGGUGCAGUCGCUGGCCUGGCUGCACAGGAAGGUGGCAUCGCUGGACUGGACYGUGGGGCUCCGUCUGAAGAAGCUUUUCGGGGACCACUUCAAGAACGAGGUGCCGGCCACGCUGUUCGAGGUGUGCAGGCUCCCUGAGGACGAGUGGACGUCGCAGUCCCUGCCAGCCUACGGGCCGGGCAGCGGGCUGCUGGCGUGGAUGGAGUGCUGCUGCGUGUCCCCRGCGCUCAGGGACACCAUGCUGGAGCUGCUCGCCGUCGACGUGGACAACCCCGAGGAGGUGAAYCUCUUCAGCAAAGGCUUCCUGGUGGCCCUGGUGCAGGUGCUGCCGUGGUGCAGCCAGGCCGAGUGGGGGAGGCUGACGGCCGUGGCGGAGCAGCUGCUGCAGAGGGAGGUGCUGCACGUCCCCUACACSCUGGAGUACGUGCAGCACCUGCCCCUGCUCAACCUGCGCCCCUUGGCCCGCCAYCUGCAGCUCUCCGUGCUCUUCCUGCGGGGCUUCCAGCUGCUCUGCAGCUCCAGCUGCUCCACCUGGCUGCCUCCCCACGCUUGGCUCCACGURGUGCAGCUCUACUGCUCCAGCCUGACCGCCCUGCUGGCCUCCGCCAAGGCYGCGGUGGGGUCCCCGUCCCAGCCCAAUGAGGGUGGCACCUUCGUGCAGGAGGUGUCCUUCGUGUGCAUCCAGGUGCUGUGUCACCUGCUGCACGUGGCUGCCAUGCUGCCCGGCGGGGGCUGCGGGGAGCCAUUGCUGGUGGUGGCCCUGGAGGUGCUGUCGCAGUACGAGGCGUUCAGCGGGGCCGACGCGUCCCCGUGCGCGGCGCUGCGCAGGGCCAACGACAGACACUUCCUAGAGGCCAUCACAGACAGCGUGGGGGACGAGGAGCUGCGGGGAACCCUCCUGCAGAAGCUCAGCAAGCUGGGAGCACACUCAGCAGGGGARCAAGCUUGAGGAGCUGGAGAGGAGAGCACAGAUCCCUGAUCUGGACUUUGUGAGAUUUGUAAUAAACCCUUAUUUUUCACUUUUGCA